AAAAAAUCCAUCAAACUUGUUGAUACAUCUCUGAUGACUAGCCAAACUUAGCUUGGUUCUAGGCCCAUGUUCAUUAGCUAAGUUUCAACUCAUCAAUGAGCUUAAUGUGAGUGACAAGACUCUCAUGUGUGCAAAAGACCAUUAAUCGAUGUCUAUGAACAAGAUGUUGGUGAAUGAAAAAUUUCUUAGAAUUAGGUCAAUAAAAAUUAUAAAAUCAGUAUUUUCGAUAAUAAAGAUUCUUGAAAACAAAAUCCAGUCAACUCAAUGUUAUAGGGAAAAUGAAGAGGAGCUGACGUGGAUAGAUGCUGAAAGAUGAUUGGCUGAGAGGUGAAAUAUGAGUUGGCAGCUGUUGAUUGGUGCGUUGGUUGAAGGAGAAGAGGACGUGAAGCUAUAAACAGAGUUUAAGAUCAUUUGAAGGAAAUUAAUCAGAGAAUUGUUUUGGUAUCUUUUUCUUAGAAUUUCUUGUGUUGUGUGACAAUGGUGGACUCAUUGUUGGCUAGAGUUUCUUGUGAACUCAGCAGAUGAGAUUUGGAUCCGCGUUUCAUGAACGUUGAUUCAAUUUGUGUUUGAUUUUCAAGUUAUCGAUUGAAUUGCAGUUUAUCUGCAUCAAUGGUAUCAGAGCCAAGCGUGUCCUCGGAAGCGAUGGCAGAGACACGUUCACCGAAGAAAUUGAUAGAUGCGGUGGCUCAUGAAACGGCGAAAUCGUUGGGAUCAAUGGCGGAAGCAAGAUCGACAAGCCACAACAAGCUAAUUCCUAUGAAGUAUUCAUGGGAGGAGAUAAAUACACGACGAGAGGCUGGUUUGUGUAUAUUUUGUGACGAGCGAGAGACUCUUGAUCAUCACUUGAAGCACAAGAGGUUACGGCUUGUCAUGGUGGACCUUGCGUAUACUUCAUUGGUUGAUCUUGAAGACCUUAAGCGAGAUAGUGAUCUGAAAGCAAAGGUUAACGAAGUGGUAGAAAUUGAGAUCAAAACUGAGGUUGCGACAAAAUCGAUUGAAAAGUUGGGACAUGAAGCGUUCUCGGAUGAUGAAUCAACUCCACAGUUUCAGGUACCAAUUGCUAAUUCUGAGAUUUUGGAGAGUAUUGAACCUACGGAAGUAAAUUUAGGGUUAGAAAAUCUAGAAUCUCUGGUGAUGAACGAGGAUCUGGAGCAAGAUUGGGUUAAACAGAACAUUAAUAAGAGAUUUGAGGUUGAAGAUGAUGUUGAUAGGGGGCAGAAAGUGGUAAGAAUUACGAAAAUUUGCUCUGCACACCAAGUGCUCGGUAAAAUGUCUCAACAUGAAGAAAAGCUGGGAAUAAAGAAGAAAGCGAAAGGGUUUAAAUCGUGGAUGUUCAAAUUCAAAGCUACUAAGGGAAAUAUAAGGAAACAAGACAAUAAGGGCUGGUUCCACACUUGGAGAAGAAAAAUGAGUUGGAGGAAGAACAAGACUACGAAAUUGCAGUUUGUUUCACAAGGUAAACUGUUUUCUAUAGUUAGUUUUCAGAGUAGCAGAGGGUUUGAAGUCUCACGAAUGGUGAAAGAAAACAUGAUGCAAAUUCCAAAGUUGUUGUGCCAAACAAUUGAUCAAUCAAGAAGAGAUGUUACACAUGUGCUUCCUCUUUAUGCAAGGAGUGUUUUAAAACUGGAAUUACAAGAGGCUGUUCGUUUUUCAAGAGGACAAAUCACAGGUUUUGUCUUGGAAAUGGUUGAUGGGUGUGAGCAAUCAACAGGCAUGAAGGUCACGCAUUGUGCGCACCAAAUAUUUGAUGUACGACCUCCAAUGGUACAACAAAAGAUGAAGAAGGAAAAAAUUUUGAAGAGUUGGAAAUUUAAGUUCAAACCUGAAAAAGAGGACAUAAAGCAACAACAUAAUCAGGUUUUCUAUGUCUCGGAUUUUCGCAUUGCUAUGUCUAACUCACAAGAGAUUCUAAGAGGUAAAAACUUAGAAUGGAAGAUGAAGAAACUGAAGUGUCCCAAGUCUUGGAACUUUAAGUUUAGAUACAGGGCCUUGAGAACUUCUAAAGGGUCUCUUCUCCUCUUAUAUUUUUCUGUGUGGCAUUGUUGGAAAAUGAAGUUCAAGCUAUGCUUGAGUCGUCUCAUUGAUCUGCUGCAAAGGGAAGUGUUGAAUCACUCAACAGAUCAUCUCGUGAUAGUGGACAAAACUGAUCUAAUGUGCCACACUACGAAAAAUAGAAGAAAGUUUCCGAGCUUGAAGAUGAAGAUGCACGCAUAUAUGCACUUGCUUGGUAGCAACACUUGUGUUUCAACUUUGGGAAAGAGGAAGCUAGGCAAAGAUUGGUGGUUUAAAUACAAGACACUGUUAAUGGCUAAAGAUUUACUGACGAAUCAUCAAAAGGAGCAACUACGAAUUAGACACUAGAGGAUGAUGAAGUUGUCACAAGCUUUGCGAUUCAAACCGGCUCGUCUCUUUUUUACCCAAAUAAUAAUGCCUACGAGCUCUCUGUUUGGAGACUUCAAAACAGGGCUUGGAGACUCGGUAAAAGAAAGCUAUGAUUUCAAUUGGAAGAGGCUUCAUGGGAGUUACUCUAUGAACUGGCAAAGAAGUUUCCAUGAACCUUGUGGUCAAGGUUCUCUAAGGAGGGGAGCUUUGUUAUAGGGAAAAUGAAGAGGAGCUGACGUGGAUAGAUGCUGAAAGAUGAUUGGCUGAGAGGUGAAAUAUGAGUUGGCAGCUGUUGAUUGGUGCGUUGGUUGAAGGAGAAGAGGACGUGAAGCUAUAAACAGAGUUUAAGAUCAUUUGAAGGAAAUUAAUCAGAGAAUUGUUUUGGUAUCUUUUUCUUAGAAUUUCUUGUGUUGUGUGACAAUGGUGGACUCAUUGUUGGCUAGAGUUUCUUGUGAACUCAGCAGAUGAGAUUUGGAUCCGCGUUUCAUGAACGUUGAUUCAAUUUGUGUUUGAUUUUCAAGUUAUCGAUUGAAUUGCAGUUUAUCUGCAUCACUCAAUCAAAAAUAUAUUACUA